CACAGCCAAAUUUCUAUUUGCUCAAUAAGUCAGUAAAAUGGCGACUUUACUGCCUCCCAAGAACAAAAAACAGAAAAAGGAAGAACAGAAUCCUACACCUUUUGAAAUUCCUGAGAAAUUCCCACUCGUAAAUAUCCAAUUUCGAGCCUCAGAUGACAGCCAUGAAGUCCCUUCUCUUUUGGUCCCUGGAAACAGUUCUGCUCGUCAGUUAGAUAUCCUUUUAAACCAAUUGCUCGGUUCUACUGAGGAUCCUGUUCCUUACACGUUUGCAUUAAAGCAGGGUGAAGAUGCUGUGGAAAUUCCCGAUAAUCUUUAUACUACUGUGUUUCAUAGCGGUCUUAUGAAAACAGAAGAUCAUUUAACAUUGCUGUAUACCCCACAGGCAGUUUUUCGUGUUCGUGCCAUCACUCGAUGUGCAGCUUCAAUGAACGGACAUGAUGGCACUAUCAUUUCAGCCCAAUUUUCCCCAAGCACUAGCGCUCGUUUGGUUACAGGAAGUGGUGACUGCACUGCCAGAUUAUGGGAUUGCGAUACACAAACCCCUAUCUCUACAUUAAAGGGACAUCAAAAUUGGGUUUCUUGUAUUGCAUGGGCUCCCGAUGCUUCAAUUAUUGCUACAGGAAGCAUGGAUAAUACUAUCCGUUUAUGGGAACCAAAGAAAGGUGCUCCCCUUGGCGAUGCCCUUCGCCGUCAUACCAAGCCUAUCAUGGCCCUUUCUUGGCAACCUCUUCACUUGAGUCCCGAGUCUGGUCCAUAUUUACUUGCCUCGGGCUCUAAAGAUAACACUGUUCGUGUCUGGAAUACCAAACUUAGGACUCUUGUAUACACGCUUUCUGGUCAUACUGCACCCAUUACUUGUGUCAAAUGGGGUGGUCAAAACUGGAUUUAUUCCGCUUCUUAUGACAAAACCAUUCGUAUAUGGGAUGCCAAAGAUGGAAAAUGUUUGCACAUUUUAAAGGGACACGCGGCACGUGUCAAUCAUUUGUCUUUGUCCACUGAACACGUUUUGCGUUCUGGUGCAUAUGAUCAUACCGACUUCAAACCUAAAAACUUCCUCGAGGAACGCGAAAAAGCUAAAGAACGUUAUGAGCUAUGUGUAAAACAAUCUGGAGAACGUCUUGUUUCAGCAAGUGAUGAUUUACAGCUAAUGUUGUGGGAUCCCUUUAAAUCCACAAAAGCAGUUGCCAAAAUGCAUGGUCACCAAAAGGUAGUAAAUUAUGCAUCAUUUUCUCCUGAUGGUCGUCAUAUUGCAACCGCUAGUUUUGACAGUUCAGUACGCUUGUGGGAUGCCAAGACAGGAAAGUUUCUUGCUACACUACGUGGACAUGUUGCUGCCGUGUAUCAAUGCGCUUGGUCUACGGAUUCCAGAUUGCUCGUAAGCUCUUCUCAAGAUACAACCUUGAAAGUUUGGGAUGUCCGUACGAAGAAGUUGAAGUGUGAUUUGCCAGGCCAUCUUGACCAAGUUUUUGCCGUAGAUUGGUCGCCAGAUGGACAACGCGUCGCCUCAGGAGGUGCCGACAAAGCCGUACGGAUAUGGACACACUAAAAGAAUCUGAAAAUUUCAGUUUAAAGUAUCAAUCUUUAAUUUUACUUAUUAGUUAAGGGGAUUUUGGACAUUUAGUUAUUAAAAAGAUAAUGACAAGGGUUAAUUAUUAGUGGUACACUUCUUUAAAUAUCAUAAAACUAUGGAUUAGCUAUAAAAUUGUGUACGCUGUUAAAAAGGGC